GGCAAUUCUCCAAUUUCCUUUUUUGUGGAGUUUGGAAUUAGGGUAUUAUUGUCUUUUCAACAUGGAGACACACGUAAACGGAGAAAUCAAUGUUGAAAAAAACAAGAAGCAAAUAGGAAUCAUCGGUGCCGGAAUAAGUGGUCUUGUUGCAUGCAAACACGCACUAGAACAGGGAUUUAAUCCUAUAAUUUUUGAAUCCUCAAAUUGUAUUGGCGGAGUUUGGUCCAAUACAAUUGAGUCAACUAAACUUCAAACUCCUAAAGAUCUUUACCAGUUCUCAGAUUUUUCAUGGCCAACGUCUGUCACAGAAACUUUUCCUAAUCAUUAUCAAGUUAAGGAUUAUAUUGAAUCCUAUGCUCUUCACUUCAACAUCCUGAAACAUAUUCAGUUUAAUACUAAGGUGGUUAGUAUUGAUUACUGUUGUGAAGAUGAUGGUGAAGAAAUGGCUGCUGGUUGUCAGAAUCUGUGGGGUGGUACAGGCCAAGCAUUCUCUCCUAAAUGCAAAUGGGUUGUCACAGUAAUGGAUCUCCUUCGUUCCUUGCAUCCACAUAAGGUUUAUGAAGUUGAUUUCAUAAUCUUAUGCAUUGGAAAGUUCAGUGGCCUGCCAAAUAUCCCUCACUUUCCUAUGAAUAAAGGGCCGGAGGUGUUCAAUGGCAAGGUUAUACACGCCAUGGAUUAUGCUGAAAUGGGAAGUGUUAAUGCAACUGCAAUGGUCAAAGAUAAGCGCGUCACUGUUAUUGGAUUCCAAAAAUCAGCAAUAGAUCUUGCAGCAGAAGUUGCCAGACUAAAUGGAGUGAAACAUCCCUGUACAUUGUUACUCAGGAGGGUACAUUGGACAGUACCAGAGGGCUUUCUGAAACUCUCUUUUCGGAAUUUGAAUAGAUUCUCAGAGUUAAUGAUCCAUAAGCCCCGCGAAGGAUUUUUCCUCUGGUUCUUGGCCAUUUUACUUUCACCUCUGUUGUGGAUAUUUUCAAAGUUUGCGGAAAGUUAUCUCAAAUGGAUAUACCCAUUGAAGAAGUACAAUAUGAUUCCGGACCAUGGUUUUCUUAGACAGAUAUCUUCUUGCAUGUUCACAGUAUUGCCAGCUGAUUUCUAUAAGAGAGUUGAAGAAGGAAGCCUCAUUUUAAAGAAGUCGAAAAGUUAUUGCUUUUGUAAAAACGGACUCAUCAUCGACGAGGAGAAUCUUCCUUUGAAUACAGACUUGGUCAUCUUUGCAACUGGAUACAGAAGUGAUGAUAAGCUUUGUAAUAUUUUCACCUCAACCUAUUUUCAGAAAUGCAUUACUGGCUCUUCAACUCCCUUCUACCGCGAAUGCAUUCACCCUCGUAUUCCACAGCUCGCGAUACUUGGGUAUUCUGAGAGCCCUGCAAUACUAUACACCACUGAGAUGCAAAGCAAAUGGUUAGCUCAUUUUCUUGCAGGGAAAUUUAAGCUGCCAACAAUAGCGGAAAUGGAAGAGGACGUCCUGAGAUGGGAGAAGUGUAUGCAACGUUACGCUUGUAAAUACUACAAAAGAGCCUGUGUAAGUGUGUUGUUACAAAUAUACUGCAAUGAUCUGUUGUGCAGGGACAUGAAUUUGAAUCCAAGAAGAAAGAAAAAAAUGUUGAGUGAACUUUUUGCCCCUUAUAAACCUUCAGAUUACCAAAGAUCUGUGUAGUUUUAGUACAAUAAUGAUUUUGCAAGUGAUAUUACUGGACCAAGGAAAAAAGUUCCCCAAUGUAAUAAAGGAAAUAAGAAUAUGAGGCAAUUUUCUUCAAGGAGUUUGAUAAUCUUCUUUGUCUGCUAGAAUUAGGAUACUUUUCUCAUGAAUUGGAAUGUG